AUGUUGAACCCUUUUGUUUGUGGAACAUUCAAUCCAAUAGAUGAUGAUGAACUAUGUGCAAAUCCAGAUUCAAGCCCAAGAAGAUACAAAAGAAAAAAUAGCAAAAACAACCCUUAUUCUACACGUGGCUUAGAUAAAUUUUCAGCACUUUUAUCUGAUUUAAACGAUAAAAGGCAGAAAAUUUAUUCACAAAUGAACCCUCAUGAUAUUUCUUACAUUCGUUUUGUUCACUCAAAUAAAGACGAUUUUGUCCCUAUUAUAGUUAAGGUGAAAAACAAGAGCCAAGAGAUAAAAGUAUUGAAAGCAAGAAACUUGAAGAAUUCUUCAACUGAUCAACCAUCAAGUGUUGUUAGUAUGGAAAAAAGAAACCAACCCAAGAAGAGAAUCUCUAUGAAUGUGAAGAAAAUUGAAAUGGAUGAAGCUAUGCUCUACUUGGCAUUUGUUGUGAUUAUGAUUUUGCUUAUGUUGACUGUUUUUGGAAGAACGGUUUCAACAAUUUUCAGUUGUGUUUUGUGGUAUGCUAAUCCAACUAUGAAAGAUGGUUCUUUGAGUUCAAGAAGUUCUAUGAAGAAAGAUUUUGGUAGAGGCUUGAGUAAUGAAGGGAUGAAGAGAAAAGAUUAUGAUAGAUGGUUUAGUGAAAGGAAGAUGGCGAUUAGUGAAGGGGUUAAUGAGAAGAAGAAAGAUUAUGUUAGAAGAUGGAGUGAGAAGAAAAUGGUUAGUGGUACUAAUGAUGGAUUAGUUUCUCCAAGAAGUGGUGGUGGUGAUUCUGAUGAAGGUAAUUCCAAGAACAAGAUUCAUGGAAAACAUUCACACAAGAAAAGGUAG